UUUAAACAUAAGAAAAUGAACGUGAAAAAGGGAAUGUACAUUGAUACUCAUCAGCCUACAGGGAUCCACUCUAGCAGAGUUUAUCGAAGUUUUUAUGACAGAAUAAAAGAUAAUCAGCUGAGUACCAUGCAGAAGAUAUCACAGAAGAGAUUUAACCAGAAUAUCUCGGAGAUAAGUAUGAUGAAGGACAAACCUGAUAUAUCAGCACGAUCAGAGUACUUGAUCUCAAAAUCACCAGCCUAAAAAGCCAUUGUACCUAAAGGAUGCUGAAGAUUAUUACAAUAAAUAAGAAUACUCAGUUGGUCAAAAACAAUAUGAUGAGGCAGAAGAAGGAACUUCAGGAGUGCACCUAUAGACCAGAUAUCGCUAAAUCCCAAGGCUCUAAGAGCCUCAAGAGAAGCAUCAAUGACCUGUACCAGUGGAAGGACAAAAGGGAUAGAGCCAGGGAAAGAAGAGCUGCUGAAAUCAAUCAUAAGAAGUGGCAAGAGUAUUACGAUAUGUCUCAUUCAAAGAACCUAGUCUCUCCAUUAUCAAGAACGAUGGCUUCUAGGUCAAGAGGUAAAGGUGAAAGAAUCGAAGACAGACUUUUGAGAGAAGGUAAAGCUACAGAAAAGAGAAGAAAUAAAAGACUUGAACAAGAAACUCUCAAGUUCAAGAAAUGUAAGAAUAAACAUGCAAGCAAGCUGAAGAAUAGUAUGAAGAAAAAGAAUAAGAAUUUCACACUGGAUAAUAUCCAGAGACCUGUUACUAAUUAUUCUCAAAUAUCGUCUGAGUUGAGAAGCUCUAAUUGCAUGACCAUUCAGGAUAUUUGCACACCAAAUAAUGCUAUCCAUAACAAAAGCUUAAAGAAUCCUAAAAUUAUUCAUUAUCAAUCUAACAAUGCAGAGCUAGAGAUGUCAAACCAACAACUCUAUGAAAAUAGUCCUGGAUACAAUUUGACUACAAGAAAUGUAUAUGGAUCUUUAAUGAAAUCACCUCCCAACUCGACACCCAAGAAAAAUGUUUGUAAGCCUGUCAAAUACGAAUCAUUGAUGGACAAACUAUGAAGGAUGAACAAAAUGAAGCAGAGCCCUUCUGAAGAGCCUGAGAUUGAGAGGAUCUACGAGCCUCUUCCUCAAAGAGUUGGAUAUGAGAAGCCUUUUGUUAGAAGUCUAGAGGAUGAGUACUUCUCUAUCUCUAAGCCUUGAGUAUUUCCCGAGGAACAAGAAUCCCAAUCGAAUAGGAAUAGAACAGAUGAUGAUGAGUACAAACAGAAGCUAGAACAAAGCGUAAUUGAGAAAAUACUAGAUUCUGAAGCAAGUUAUAAGUCAAGGCGUGAGAUAGGAUCUCCUUAUGAUAGAAGAGUUAUCAAACCCGACGAAAGAUUCACUUUCCAAGAUAACAUUAAUCUUAUGAAAAAUCUACUAGAUCAUGAAAACAAAGAGGUUGCUUCUUUAAAGCCAAACGAGGAUGAUAAAAUCCAGAGUAUCUUGUCUGAUAAAUUUACAAGCAUUAUUGACACUUUCCCCAUUUCUAGUGAAGUUAGUAAGAAUCAGAAACAGGAUGACAAGAUCAAGUAUAUAUAAUAGAACUAGAACACCGUGAUCCACAGGACAACCAAAAAGAUCCCCAAAACCUGCCUCCAACUCCACUCAACCACCUAGCCACCCUCUUCCCUCACAAGAUUCCUUCGAGCACAGAAUUCUUCCACAAAGACGCAUCGCUUAGCGAAGACUUUGACUUCAAAAGCCACUAACAAAGGUUCAGUACUAUACAAGAAAUAGAUAAUGAGA